AUGGAUGAGUCAGGAAACGAGGCUAUGCCGCAAACGCUUAGUAUCCUAGGUAUGGAUGUUACACCCCGCCGCUCUUUUGCUACAAUCACAUGGAGGCCAACGACUACUCACGACGAUACUGAAUUCCAGGCUCUAUACGAGCCUCUGGAUGGAGUCGAGAGACUUGAACGUUAUCAACCAGGAGGCUAUCACCCCAUACAAAUCGGUGAUCAAUUUCAUGGUCGCUAUAGGGUGAUCCACAAGCUGGGUCAUGGCUCCUAUUCGACUAUGUGGGUGGCUCAGGAUGAGCAGAAGAAAAAGCUCGUGGCACUGAAAAUCUGCACGGCGCGCUCGAAUUCGAACGAAGUGAACAUUAUAUCGGCUCUCACACAUCCUCGCUUUCCUGUGACCAACGACUCAGGCAAGGCAAUGAUCUCUUCCAUCCUAGACACUUUCACUGUCCACGGCCCAAACGGGACUCAUGCUUGCCAUAUCACCACUCCAGCACGAGCCAGUCUUUCUGGUCUGAAAGAUGGUUCGUGGAUCCGUCUAUUCCAGCUAGAUGUGGCUCGUGCAUUGGCUGCCCAGCUCGUCCUUGCCGCGGACUACCUACAUACGCAGGGGUUUAAAUUUGGUGCCCCCGAGCCCGAGCCUGUCAUUCAUUUGGAUGAAAAGCCGCUUCCUCCUGGUGUCCCAUCUCACGGGAUUGUGCCUCUAUGGCUUGGCGCAGCAAGUGAGAAGAUCACACUUCCCGAAGCCAGAAUUCUACUUACAGACUUUGGGGAGUCCUUUUCAUGCUCAGACCCGAAAGAACUCAAGUAUGAAUCUCGCACACCGCUUGUCAUUCGCCCCCCGGAGUGUCGAUUUGAACCACAUAAGCCGCUAUCGUAUGUGUCGGACAUAUGGACUCUCGCCUGCACGAUAUGGUCUAUCAUAGCUCAAAGACCGCUGUUCGAAGGGUUCCUUGCCACGGAGGAUGACAUGACCCGUGAGCAUGUCGAUACCCUUGGCAUCUUGCCGUUGGAAUGGUGGAGGGGGUGGGAGGCGCGACGGGAAAAGUUCACUGAAGAUGGCAGGCCCAUCAACCGCAAUCCAUUCCGGUCUUGGAGCGAUCGGUUUGAAGACAGCGUGCAGCAGCCCAGACGACAGGAAGGAAUGCCCGUUCUUGGCGACGAUGAACGGGAUGCUAUCUUUGACAUGCUACGGCCGAUGCUCGCAUUCAGGCCCGAGGAACGAUGUACGACUAAGCAGAUCCUCGAGUCAGAAUGGAUGGUGAAAUGGGCAUUGCCUGCAUAUGAAAAGAUUCCGAGGAGUGAUCAAUAGAUGGCUUUGAUUGUCGUCCAGAUGGGUUGAUGUUUCUGCUACCAUUGG